UUCAAAUGCAUACUUUGACAAGCAGUAGCUGUGUCUCUUUUGGGUACAACAAAAUAUCAGUGCUUUGAUAUACAAAUGGUUACAUUAAAUUAAUUUGAGCGGGUCAUUGUAUUAUUUUAGAUAGUUCAUUAAAUAUUCAUAAAAAUCCACACAUAAAAUGGUUAAACGUAAAAAUCAAGCACUCAUCGAUUCUGAUUCGGAUUCAGAAUCAAGUGAUUUAGAUUCGGAAUUGUUAACGUUGGCUAAAAAGAAGAAGAAGAGAAAGAAAACUCCUCCACAAUCAAAAUCUUCAGAUUCUAGUAGUGAUGGUUCAUCAGAUGAAGAUGAAGCUCCAGAGAAAUCGAAAUCCGAAUCACCAAAACCUGCCGCUACUCCUGCAAAAUCGAAUCAAGGAGGAGCGUCUUCCGAACCAGAAGAAGGCGAAGUAUCUUCUGGUGGUUCUUCCAGUAAUAGUGAUGAAGAAUUCAACGAUGGGUAUGAUGAUCAACUUAUGGGUGAUGAAGAGGAUCGUGCACAUUUGGCGAGUCUUACAGAAAAAGAAAGAGAACAAGAGAUAUUUAAACGUAUCGAACAAAGAGAGUUAAUGAAAACAAGAUUUGAAAUUGAGAAAAAAUUACGACUUGCAAAAAAAGCAGAAAGAGCAAAAGAAAAAUGGAAAGGUGAAAGUCAUAAAGAACGCUCUAAAGAACGAAAGAAAACGGUUGAAGAAAAUCGUGGCAAAGUGGAUAAACGUGUAAAUGCAAUGGCCGAGCUAAAAGCUCGGCGUGAACGUAAAGAAGAGCAAGAAGUUCAACGUCGAGAAGAACAACGGAAGCGAGACGAACAAGCGGCAUUAACACCGACAAAACAAACGGCAAAACUUAAAGCUUCAGAUAUUUAUUCGGACGACGAUGAUAGUUCGGAUGAUGAUAACGAUAACAAACCAUCUCCACCACCUAGAGCUCCAUCGAUAAGAUCUAGGAGUAGUUCCUCGUCAAGUGAUUCAGAUGCACCUGCUUCAACGCCUCACGAACCCGAAGUAAUAAAAACUCGAAUUGAAUUAAAUUCAAUACGACUUUCAAGACAUAAAAUGGAAAAAUUCGUACAUCUACCAUUUUUCGAUCGCGUCGUUACUGGCUGUUUUGUUCGAAUUGGAAUUGGCAACAAUUCAAAUGGACGACCCGUCUAUCGAGUUGCGGAAGUUGUAGGAGUUUACGAAACUGCAAAGGUAUAUCAACUUGGAUCUACCCGAACAAAUAAAGGUCUUAAAUUAAAGCAUGGUGGGCAAGAGAAAGUAUUCCGAUUAGAAUUUGUAUCGAAUCAAGAAUUUUCUGAAUCUGAGUUUCAAAAGUGGAUUGAAGCAUGCGCAGCGUCCGGCGUUGAGUUACCAGAAAAAAAUCGAAUUACUGUUAAGCAAAAAGAUAUUCGAGAAGCGUUAACAUAUGAAUUUAACGAAGCAGACAUCGAGAAAAUAAUUCAAGAAAAAGGGCGUUUUAAACAGAAUCCAUAUAAUUAUGCGAUGAAGAAAACGCAAUUGAUGAAAGAACGUGAUUCAGCAUUAGCGCGUGGCGAUGAUGAAGUCGCACGUGAUUUAACUCGUAAAAUUGCUCAACUUGAGGAACGAGCUAGUGAAUUAGAUAAAAUGCGAACGUCAACAAUUUCAAGUAUAUCGUAUAUAAAUGAUAGAAAUCGUAAGAAAAAUGUUGAAACUGCUGAAAAAGCUAUUUUAGAAGAGUUACGAGCGAAUAAAGGUAAAAAAAUUGAUGAUCCAUUUACACGACGUUCAACAAAACCAAGAAUGAAUUUCAAAGCAGCACCUGAAGAUGUACCACCUGCAAAACCUCCACAAGAAGUCGAUGAUAAUACGAUUGAUGUAACAGAUAAACCGAAAGAAGUAUCGACAUCGGAUUCUGUCGCACCAAGUGGUGGGGAAGCAAAAGCAUCUACGGAUGAUUUAUUCUCAGCACAUGAUUUUGAUAUUAAAAUUGAUUUAGAAGUUCCAUUACCAAGUGCACCAGUAAGUGUUACAGUAACUGCAAAAACAGCAGCAAAUCGUGAUUCAGGGCCUCGUCGAAGUUUGAACUUACAAGAUUAUAAGAAAAAACGUGGACUUAUUUAGUAUUCGAUUAGUUUUAAUGUUUAUUUUUUUAUUAGUUUAUAAAAUUAUUAUUUAAAAGAACAAGAAAAAAAAAACAAUAAUAUUAAAACAAACGUAUCUUCGAUUCAUUUAAAUUUAUAUAUAAAUAUUAUAUACGUUUAAAAUCAUGAAUGUAAGUCUUGGUAAGGCUUGGUCUAGGAACAGGCGUAGUAUUUGAGUUAUUUCAUGACGGUUGAGAGGAAAUUGUAUAACAUUUCAUUUACAAUAAUUUUCAAAACCGAGAAAUUACCCUUCAAGGGGGCCUGGAAAUUACAAUUGAAUUCAUUCAGCACCAUAUUCAAAACUCAACUUGAAACUGAAACGAUUUUCAAUUACUACGUCUGAUCGUACAUCUGGGUGAGCCGAUUUUAACCCUUCAGACUGGUCGCCUUUCGUAUCACAAUUAUUCAAAUACUCUCAUAGCUGUUAAUGAAUUUUGUUUUCACCUUCGUGCAGAAAGUGUAAACUUUCGUCCCGCUGUGCAAAACUAAGUUGCCGCUUUAUCCCUCUGUCGGGGCGAAAAAUAGUAUACACACCACGAGAGCAAACAAAGAAUGUCUCAGAUUUCAAAUGAACAUGAGAUCUGAGAUAUUCUUUACUUUUGUUCCCUGGGUGUUUAAUAUAUUAUUUUUUUAUACUUUAUUUAAAACAAAUUUUAUUCACUAUCAUGUAAAGUAUGCAAUUUUGUGAAGACAACAAAAUUUUCAAAUGGUCAUUCCAUUUGAAAAAAAAAAAGUUUUAAAAUAAGCAUGAGAGCAUAUCUCUACGCAACCAUCCUGAAGGGUUA